UGAAGUGUAUGGAGACUUUACAUGACAUAAAUAUGGAUAUAUAAUAUAAACUUAUACGUGUUGAACCCGCCCACUGUGUUGAAACAGGAAGUACAUUUAUAAGGAAGUAGAUGAAUAAAUGGACACCAUCGGUCGAAGAAAAAAUGUUUCAGAGAUAGCUGAUGAGUCUCUGUGGGGAGAGAUAGGAGGGGACCACUGCCUCUGAAAUGAGUCUCUCUGGGGAGAGCGAGAAGAGAGGCACUGCCUCUAAGAGGAAGUAUUCUGACCGAGAGGAGGGGGCCACACCCUCUAAAAAGAGUCUGCCUCAAAACACCAGUUCUAAGAGUGUCCAGAAGCCCAGAGCAGAGUCACCUACACCCAGCCUGCUAUCAAUGAAGAGUAAUCAGUCAAUGGGUAAUCCACCUACUUUCAGCCAGGAACCAUUACCAGAUGACAAUAAGGAAGUGGAGAGUUUGGACAGUGAGGAUGCAUUAAAGAUCACACACAACCUUCUGGACAGAAGAAGUCAAACUCUGCUGACAGUCCAACAAGACAUUAAGGCUAAACUGAAACACAAGUAUCAACAUAUAUCUGAAGGAAUUGGACACCAUGGAAACCAAAGUCUGUUCAAGGACAUCUACACAGAGCUCUACAUCACAGAGGGUGGAAGUGGAGGGCUCAAUAAUGAACAUGAGGUGAGACAGAUAGAGAUGGCAUCCAAGAAACAAACCACACAAGAGACACCAAUCAAAUGCAACGACAUCUUCAAGCCUUUACCUGGACAAGACAAACCUAUCAGAACUGUGCUGACAAAAGGAAUCGCUGGCAUUGGAAAAACAGUCUCUGUGCAGAAGGUCAUCCUUGACUGGGCAGAGGGAAAAGCAAAUCAGGACGUUCAUUUAUUGUUUCCUCUUCCUUUCCGUGAUCUGAACCAGAAAAAGGAUCAAUACAGUCUGAUGCAACUUCUUUCCCACUACUUCUCAGAGCUGAAAGAGAUUGACAGCAUUGAAGAUGGUGAAACCAAAACUGUUUUCAUUUUUGAUGGUCUGGAUGAGUGUCGACUUCCUCUAGACUUCAAAAACAAGGAGAAGUGCUGUGAUGUCACGAACCCAACCUCAGUGGACGUGCUGCUGACAAACCUCAUCAAGGGGAAUCUGCUUCCCUCUGCUCAUCUCUGGAUAACCACACGACCUGCAGCAGCCAAUCAGAUCCCUCCUGAUUGUAUUAACCGGGUGACAGAGGUACGAGGGUUCAAUGAUCCACAGAAGGAGGAGUACUUCAGGAAGAAGAUCCCAGAUCAGAAUCUGGCCAAUGAUAUCAUCAAACACAUGAAGACAUCUAGGAGCCUCCACAUCAUGUGCCACAUGCCAGUCUUCUGUUGGAUAUCAGCCACUGUCCUUGAGAUGAUACUGAAAGAGGCAUGGAAGGAUGAAGUCCCCAAAACUCUGACCCAGAUGUACUCACACUUCAUACUCAUCCAAAUCAUUGUGAAGAACAGGAAGUACAACAAAGGCACAGAGACAAACCCAAAGGAACUGUCUCAGUCAGACAAAGAGAUGAUCCUGAAACUGGCAAAGCUGGCUUUCCAACAGCUGCAGAAGGGCAACCUGAUCUUCUAUGAGGAGGACCUGAGAGAAUGUGGCCUUGAAGUCACAGAGGCAUCAGAGUACUCAGCAUUGUGUACAGAGUUCUUUAAAGAAGAAUCUGGGCUGGACCAAGAGAAGGUCUACAGCUUUGUGCAUCUGAGCAUUCAGGAGUUUCUAGCAGCAGUGCAUGCUUUAGAAUCAUGUCUGGACAAGAAGGAAAAUGUUUUCUCCCCCAAAGCAGUCACUAGUUAUGAUGAUGAAGUGAAGGAGUCAAUCAUAAAAGCAGUCACUAGUGAUGAUGAAGAGGAGUCAAUCAGAAAGGCAGUCACUAGUGAUGAUGAAGAGGAGUCAAUCAGAAAGGCAGUCACUAGUGAUGAUGAAGAGGAGUCAAUCAGAAAGGCAGUCACUAGUGAUGAUGAAGAGGAGUCAAUCAGAAAAGCAGUCACUAGUGAUGAUGAAGAGGAGUCAAUCAGAAAGGCAGUCACUAGUGAUGAUGAAGAGGAGUCAAUCAGAAAAGCAGUCACUAGUGAUGAUGAAGAGGAGUCAAUCAGAAAGGCAGUCACUAGUGAUGAUGAAGAGGAGUCAAUCAGAAAAGCAGUCACUAGUGAUGAUGAAGAGGAGUCAAUCAGAAAGGCAGUCACUAGUGAUGAUGAAGAGGAGUCAAUCAGAAAAGCAGUCACUAGUGAUGAUGAAGAGGAGUCAAUCAGAAAAGCAGUCACUAGUGAUGAUGAAGAGGAGUCAAUCAGAAAGGCAGUCACUAGUGAUGAUGAAGAGGAGUCAAUCAGAAAAGCAGUCACUAGUGAUGAUGAAGAGGAGUCAAUCAGAAAGGCAGUCACUAGUGAUGAUGAAGAGGAGUCAAUCAGAAAAGCAGUCACUAGUGAUGAUGAAGAGGAGUCAAUCAGAAAGGCAGUCACUAGUGAUGAUGAAGAGGAAUCAAUCAGAAAAGCAGUCACUAGUGAUGAUGAAGAGGAGUCAAUCAGAAAGGCAGUCACUAGUGAUGAUGAAGAGGAGUCAAUCAGAAAAGCAGUCACUAGUGAUGAUGAAGAGGAGUCAAUCAGAAAAGCAGUCACUAGUGAUGAUGAAGAGGAGUCAAUCAGAAAAGCAGUCACUAGUGAUGAUGAAGAUUAUGAUUACUAUCACGUUGAAAACAAGAAGGAAAAUGUUUUCUCCCCCACUAGUGAUGAAGACAAGUGGGGAAAUGUUUUCUCCCCCACUAGUGAUAAAGACAAGUGGGGAAAUGUUUUCUCCCCCACUAGUGAUAAAGACAAGUGGGGAAAUGUUUUCUCCCCCACUAGUGAUAAAGACAAGUGGGGAAAUGUUUUCUCCCCCACUAGUGAUAAAGACAAGUGGGGAAAUGUUUUCUCCCCCACUAGUGAUGAUGAAGAGAAGGAGUCAAUCCAGUUGUCUGACUUACACAAGAGCGCAGUGGACCAGGCCUUGAAGAGUAAGAAUGGACACCUGGACCUGUUCCUCCGCUUCCUUCUGGGUCUCUCACUGGAGUCCAAUCAGAAUCUGUUACGAGGCCUUCUGACACAGACAGGAAGUACAACACAGACCAAUGAGGAAACAGUUGAGAGCACAGUUGAGUACCUUUCAGACAAGCUCGAGGAGGAAUCCUCACCAGAAAGGAUCAUCAACUUGUUCCACUGUCUGAAUGAACUUGGUUCCAACUCUCUAGUUGAAGACAUGCAGACCUCGCUUCGAUCAGGAACUCUUUCAGAAACAAUACUAAAACCUGACCAAUGUUCAGCCCUGGCCUACCUGUUACUGAUGUCAGAGGAGGUGCUGGAGGAGUUUGACCUGAAGACAUACAACACAUCAGAGGAAGGUUAUCAGAGGUUGCUGCCGGUCGUGAAAACCUGCAAGAGAGCACUACUGGAUGGCUGUGAACUCACAUAUAAAUCCUGUGAGACUCUGGCCUCAGCUCUGCAGACACCAAACUCCCCCCUGAGAGAACUGGACCUCAGCUAUAAUGACCUGGGAGACAGAGGAGUGGAGCUGCUCUGUGUUGGACUAACCAGUCCACUCUGCAACAUACAGACACUAGUUUUAGGUCAGUGUGGUCUGACAGAGGGUUGCUGUUCAGAUCUGGCCUCAGUCCUGAGUUCACCCAACUCACAACUGAAACAACUGGAGCUGAGAAACAAUGACCUGCAGGACUCAGGAGUUACACUGCUGUCUGCUGGACUGGAGGAUCCAGACUGUAAACUACACACACUGGGUCUGCUGGACUGGAGGAUCCAGACUCUGCUGUCUGCUGGACUGGAGGAUCCAGACUGUAAACUACACACACUGGGGCUGUCUGGCUGUCUGGUCACAGAGGAGGGCUGUGCUGCUCUGUCUUCAGCUCUGAGGUCAAACCCCUCCCACCUGAAAGAGCUGGACCUGAGCUACAAUCACCCAGGAGACUCUGCAGGGGGACUGCUUUCAGCUGCUCUGGUGGAUCCCACAUAUAAACUGAUGAAGCUGAAUGUGGAUCAUGGUGGAGAGUGCUGGCUGAAAUCAGGGCUGAGGAAAUAUGCCUGUCAUCUCACCCUGGACCCAAAUACAGCAAACCCAAACCUGGUACUGUCUGAGGGGAACAGGAAGGUGACAUGGGUGAAAGAGGAGCAGCAUUAUGAAGACCAUCCAGACAGAUUUGACUAUCAUCCCCAAGUUCUCUGCAGAGAAGGCUUAUCUGGAUGUCGUUAUUACUGGGAGGUGGAGAGGGAUUGUGGCAUGGCUUACAUUGGUGUGGUGUACGAAGGACUGAAGAGGAAGGGAGAUGAGGAUGACAGUAGGAUUGGAUCCAAUAGGGAGUCCUGGUGUUUAGUCUGCUCUUAUAGUGGUUCUACAUUUUUCCAUGCUGGAGUCAGUAGGAGAUCCAUCCCUCGUCCUGAUUCUAACAGAGUUGGAGUGUAUCUGGACUGGCCAGCUGGUACUUUGACCUUCUAUAGUGUGUCCUCCUCUGGUACACUGACACACCUUUACACAGAACACACCACAUUCACUGAACCCCUCUAUCCUGGGUUUAAGGUUUACUCCUCCUCAGUGACCCUGUGUCAGAUAGAUGACCAACACAUUCAGAGAGACCAUGAUGGAGAGUGUUGUGUCAAGCCUGGACCUGAGGACACCAGAGACCAUGGUGGAGAGAGUUGGAUCAAGCCUGGACCUGAGAACACCAGAGACCAUGGUGGAGAGAGUUGGAUCAAGCCUGGACCUGAGAACACCAGAGACCAUGGUGGAGAGAGUUGUAUCAAGCCUGGACCUGAGAACACCAGAGACCAUGGUGGAGAGUGUUGGAUAAAGCCUGGACCUGAGAACACCAGAGACCAUGGUGGAGAGUGUUGGAUCAAGUCUGGACCUGAGAAAAUGAUUCCUCAGAGCUGUAAGACUUGUGACCAUGUUGAGGACUCCACACACUGGCUUCAGAUUGAACCCUUGACUUCCACUGUCCAGGGAGUGACAAUGUUCAGGCACAGGACACCCAAAGGGAGUUAUGAGUGCACAGUGUCUGGGCUCCGCUGGCUGUGUGAGAGAGAUGUCAUUCUGAAGUAUCACUUCAGGAACUGGGAUCCCUACAGUCAACUUCUGAAAGACAUGCAGUACACACAAGGUGGUCCAUUGCUGGACAUCACUAUGGAGUUAGGUGAACUGGAGGAAGUUCAUCUGCCACACUGUGUCUGUUUAGGGACCAACCCUUCCCUGAGGAAUGAGAUGAAGAUUCUUCAUGUAGAGGAACAUGGAGUGUCUUUAGAGGAAGUGCAUGAGGUCACCAGAUUCCAUGCUAAGGUUCUCCAUCCCAAGUUCUCAGCUAUCUCUGUUAUACUGAGCUAUAUCUUUUCAUGGAACGUAGAUGUCCACUGUGACGUGGUCCUCUAUAUGGCAGUAAAAAGGUCAACAGUAAUUUCAAGGCUGUACCUGCUCCUCAGAAACUCCAGUCAGAAAGAGGCUGUUCAGGAACGGGAGAAAAAUCAGGUAUCCCAAGGAUAUUCAGAAUUUCUCCUGCCAAGUCCAAACGGGUCCUUAAAGCUGAACAGUUGGUUUGCGCUCAAGAAUCCCCACUCCACUUCCAUCUAUCCAGAGAAGAUUCAGCUGUUACCUGCAGACACCACACCAAGCUGUUGUCAGAUGAUUAUGGGAAACACAGGGGUUGACAUUGAGAUGGAGUUAAUCGGGGAUGAUGAGAGGACAGUAUGGAAAUCAGUGGUAUCAAAAGAUGUGUACAGCAAAGACUAUCAUCCAACAGGUGCUGUGUUGGGGGCAGGAGGUCCGGCUGAGAGCAGUCUGACUGGUUCUCCAGAGCACCAGCUGCGUUCUGUACGGACAAAGUUUGUGAAACAAGUGUCAAAAGCUGUCCUGAAUGGACUGCUGGACGGACUCCUGCAACACACAGUCAUCAACCAGGAGGAAAUGGAGUCAGUGAAGGUGAUCGCUGAGAGGGCAGAGAAGGCACGUGACAUCAUCGACAUGGUGUUGAGAAAAGGAACGGAGUCGUGUUCCAGGAUGAUCAACCUUCUUGGGGAGCUGGACCACUGUCUUUGUUCACAGCUUCAGAUCAACAGUGUUGGGGUCCCAACCUAAUGGUAGAAUGGAUAGUAACAGUGUUGGGGUACCAUCCUAAUGGUAGAAUGGAUAGUAACAGUGUUGGGGUACCAACCUAAUGGUAGAAUGGAUAGUAACAGUGUUGGGGUACCAUCCUAAUAGUAGAAUGGAUAGGAACAGUGUUGGGGUACCAACCUAAUGGUAGAAUGGAUAGUAACAGUGUUGGGGUACCAACCUAAUGGUAGAAUGGAUAGUAACAGUGUUGGGGUACCAACCUAAUGGUAGAAUGGAUAGUAACAGUGUUGGGGUACCAUCCUAAUGGUAGAAUGGAUAGUAACAGUGUUGGGGUACAAGUCUGGUUCAUCCUUGGGAGCAAUUUCCAAACGCCUGAAGGUACCACAUUCAUCUGUACAAACAAUAGUACACAACUAUAAACACCAUGGGACCACGCAGCCGUCAUACUGCUCAGGAAAGAGAUGCAUUCUGUCUCCUAGAGAUGAACGUACUUUGGUGCGAAAAGUGCAAAUCAAUCCCAGAACCACAGCAAAGGACCUUGUGAAGAUGCUGGAGGAAACAGGUACAAAAGUAUCUAUAUCCACAGUAAAACGAGUCCUAUACCGACAUAACCUGAAAGGCCGCUCAGCAAGGAAGAAGCCACUACUCCAAAACCGCCAUAAAAAAAUCCAGACUAUGGUUUGCAACUGCACAUGGGGACAAAGAUCGUACUUUUUGGAGAAAUGUCCUCUGGUCUGAUGAAACAAAAAUAGAACUGUUUGGCCAUAAAGACCAUCGUUAUUUUUGUAGGAAAAAAGGGGAAGCUUGCAAGCCGAAGAACACCAUCCCAACCGUGAAGCACGGGGGUGGCAGCAUCAUGUCGGGGGGGUGCUUUGUUGCAGGAGGGACUGGUGCACUUCACAAAAUAGAUGGCAUCAUGAGGAUGGAAAAUUAUGUGGAUAUAUUGAAGCAACAUCUCAAGACAUCACGAAGUUAAAGCUUGGUCGAAAAUGGGUCUUCCAAAUGGACAAUGACCCCAAGCAUACUUCCAAAGUUGUGGCAAAAUGGCUUAAGUUUAAAUGUAUUUGGCCAAGGUGCAUGUAAACCUCCGACUUCAACUCUAUGUGAGGUAACCAAUCAGAAAGCUUGUUGAUGAGGUAUGAACCUAAGUGGUCUUGGUGAUACCAACCCUCCUCACAGAGAGGAGUCUGCAGGCUUUUGCUUCAGCCUUGCUCUAACACACCUCAUUCUGCCAGUCAAGGUUCUGAUUAGACUGAUUAGUAGAAUCAGGUGUUAGAGCAGGGUCGGAGCAAAAGCCUGCACGGCCAGUAGUAUCUCUCCAGUAGUAGGUUUGGCCGUCCCGUUUUAAUUCAACAUAUUCCUCUAUCUCCAUGGUAACCCCCUGAUCAUGACCCUUGACCUUUACUGAUCAGCCAAAGCUGUACCAAAUGGCAUCCUAUUCCCUAUACAGAGCCCUAUGGGCCCUGGUCUAAUGUAGUGCACUACAUAGGGAAUAGGGCCCUGGUCUAAUGUAGUGCACUACACAGGGAAUAGAGUACCAUUUGGGACAGACAGAGACUCAAGGCUGAGUGUUUAACAGUAAAAAGAGAUUGAGAAAUGACAGAAGUAGGUUAAAAGUAGGGAGAGCACUGAUGGAGAGAGAGAGUACUUUGAUUGGUACUGUAUGUCUUGUAAAUAUUAAUUAUAUACAGUCCCAGUCAAACGUUAGUUAUUUAGUUUGUCAGUUUUUCUAAAUUUUUGGCUAUUUUCUACAUUGUAGAAUACUAGUGAAGACAAAACUAUGAAAUAACACAUAUGGAAUCAUGUAGUAACCGAAAAAGUGUUAAACAAAUCAAAAUAUAUUUUAGAUUCUUCAAAGUAGACAACCUUCUCCUCGAUGACAGCUUUUCUUCUGAUUAUCUUGAUCUCUGGCUCCCUCUUGAGGCAUUUGUGUGUCUUAAUUAUUUUAUUGAACAGUGCGCUUAAAGCAUCAGACAAGCUCAGUGCAUAGACCUAUAGUUGAUUUGAUUAAAACACAUAGGGUGUGUCUAUGUGGAAAAAUCUGGUACAUUUACAGAAGGAUUUAUUGAUGUCCAGUAUCCCUGUCAAAUACAUGGAGUACAUGUCAAUUAAAAGGAAUGCGUUUUGUGUGUA